GGAAAGAAAGUUACAAACAUAAAAGGAAAAUAGAAAAACAACAUUUCUGCCGGCAAAAGAAGGCAAAUCCAGACGGAAAAGGAUCAUCAACAGAAAGAAAAAUACCAAACUCGAAGACCGAUUCGACGGAAGCACGAUCACAAGCCGAAGACUCUUUUCUUUCUCCCUCUCCCCUUUGGUACCCUCUACAUAUAAAAUUUUCAUAAAAUGUUUAUUUAUUUUUUUUAAAAUAAUAAUUAUUUUAGUUUGGACCUACCAAUUUAUAACAUUAAUUUUUAUUUUUGUCCAAAUCAAACCAAGAAUGUGAAAUUCACAGCAAAACUUUGAGGGAAAAACGCCUCCUAAAAUACGUAUUUUUUUUUACAUAAACCGUAUGUACUAAAGAUUUUUCUUAAUCCCCCUUCUCGUUUACUCUCUCUGCGUCUCUUUCUUUUCCUCUCUUAGAACUUUCAUGCAUGGCAAUUAGGGCACGAUUCCACAAUUAGGCCUCAAAAUUGUUCUCGAUCGAAGCUAUUACCUCAUGAAGAAGAUGUAACUUCUAUUUGAUUUCUGCUCUUUUCAAACAUAUUUGGAAGGAGAGUAGAGAUUAUUUCGAAAGACAGUUUCGAUUUGGGAUUUGGGAUUUUUAGGGUUGUUUUGUUUGUGUGUUUUUUUUUGUUAGCUUUUAGAUUUUUUAAGGUAUGAAGGGUCAAUCUGAGAAGACGAAGGUAGUGGUCCGCCACUUGCCACCGACGAUUUCUCAGGUCAUGUUAAUGGAGCAAAUCGACUUUGCUUUUGCUGGGCGUUAUAACUGGGUUUCGUUCCGUCCUGGCAAGAACAGCCAGAAGCAUCAAUCCUAUUCUAGAGCCUAUAUUGAUUUCAAAAGGCCAGAAGCCGUUAUGGAGUUUGCAGAGUUCUUUAAUGGCCAUCUCUUCGUCAAUGAGAAGGGCACUCAGUUUAGAGCUGUUGUUGAGUAUGCUCCUUCACAGCGUGUUCCAAAGCAGUGGUCCAAGAAGGAUGGCCGUGAAGGCACCAUAUUAAAAGAUCCUGCAUAUUUGGAGUUCCUGAAAUUGAUAUCAAAGCCUGCUGAGAAUCUUCCCAGUGCUGAGGUACAAUUGGAAAGAAGAGAAGCUGAAAGAGCUGGUGCUGCAAAAGAUGCUCCUAUUAUUACACCCUUAAUGGACUUUGUCCGACAGAAAAGAGCUGCAAAAAGUGGAACUCGGAGAAUACUGACUAAUGGGAAACGUAGCAGAAGGGCUGGUGCAAGUGGAAGUCCUAGCUCGUCCUCAUCCAAACGAAGUUCUGACAAGAAGAGGGGUUCAACCACAAUGUAUGUUUUAAGGGACUCGGUGAAAAGCACAAGUGGAAAAGACAAAUCAACUUACAUUUUGAUUCCUAAGCGAGAUGAUCAGCAUCUUUCUGAUAAAGCUGUGAAUUUAGCUUCUGCAUCAGGAACUGAAGUAUUAGAAGAUGAAAGCGGAGUUUCUGGGAUCACUGAUACUGGGAAAAGGAAAAUCCUGCUGCUCAAAGGAAAAGAGAAAGAAAUUUCAACAUUGUGUGGUGGCAUGUUGCAGCAGAAUACAACAUCAUUUGAUAAAAAUCAGACUAGCUCUGUUCUCAAACAGAGCCAGCGACGUGAGGCCACUGGCAGGAUAAUCAGAAGCAUACUUUUGCACAAGGACUCUCGUCAGAAUCACUCUUCUGGGGUCCAGUCCGAGCAGCAAACUCAAACAUCAAAUUUAGAAAAGGACAAGCGUCCUCCUCGUCCUCAGCAUGUACAGUUGAUUUUGAAGGAUGCAAAUGGAGCUUCAGAUGACAAGGUUGUGGGUAAUGACUUGCAUAGUUUUUCUGGUGAGAAGCAGGAAAAGCGCACAAGGAACAAGGACAGACCUGAUCGUGGUGUAUGGGCUCCUCUUCGUCGAUCAGAUGGAUCAUGUCCAAGUGACGAGUCCUCAUUGUUUUCUGCAUCUCACUCAGGUGUAGAUUCUUCUCAAGGAAAUCUUGGAGAUAUAAAAGUUGAACCAUUAAAUUCAAGGGGUGGAGAAAUUAAAACACUUGGAGGCGGACGUGGUGGUCACUCUUCUUUAGAUAAUGGAUCACAUAAACAUUUUGGUCGGAGGGGGCCCCAUACAGUGAGGGAUGUGGAUGGCUCAUCUGGUGAGGGGAAGCUUUCAAAGAGAGUUGGUGUUUCUGGUUAUGGUUCGCAUGAGAAGCAAGUCUGGGUUCAAAAAUCAAGUUCUGGUUCUUAGUGUUUUUGGAAAGUAAUUAUUGUGCAGGGGAAUGCAUAGUCCCAUGAAAAUUUUGAAGCACAGAGUUGCUGUAUGCUGGUGUCUGUCUCUUUUUAUUGAACAGAUGGUCAGAUAAUCGUGGAGAAGUUUCAGCAGAGGGGAAGGUUUUCUUCAGGAAACCUGGAAAGCUAACAUCAAUGAUGCCGGAUAAUCGUGUAAUUAAAUACUUGUGGGUUGAAGAAAAUCCAAAUCUUUGUCAAAGACAGCUUGGAAUAGGAGGAAAGAAGGAAAAAGAAAAAAAAAAGAUGUCUUCAUUAUAGAUGAUAUAUAGGACCACAGAUUUCUCCAGGGUGUCCGAGUAGGGUGCUACUCACCAGAAGAAGCUAUUGAUGUCAUCAUUCUGGCCGACGACCAACUGCAAACCGGGUAUUCUAGUACGGUGGAUUGACCCCUCAAUUCUGGUUAAAACUGUAUACAAGUAUCCAAAGCAAAAGUCUUACUUGAUUUGCCAUGUUUCUUAAAUAUUGUGAUGUGGUGAGAAUUUGUUAAUAGCCCCAAGUAUUUUGAAGGGCUAUCUAUAAUUGGGUUGUUGUCAAAGAGAAGAAAAGUUGGAUAGACCUUUAUUUAGCAGAGCCUAGUGUAGUAUGUGAAUGUUCGGACCGAUGGUUAAACGAGUGGGUGAUAUUAAAAGUGUGGAUGAAUGUGUGAUUACGUGAUGGGUGGGAACUAAUUGGGUGUGUGAUUGGCUGUGGUGUGCUGUGCUACUUGUGUUAAUGGAAAGAUGCGAUGUGAUUACAA